AAUGGUUUUGUGACUUUUGUAAAUAGAAAAUUCAAAUUGGUUUCUAAUUUCUAUUCCACCUAUCUUUCUGUCAAUUCAAUAAAAACAAUAAUUGGAAAUGUCUUAAAAUGUACAGUUUUUUAAUACAUAUUUUAAUUUUAGGCAUAAUUAGUGUAUCAGCUGAACUGCAAUUACAAAUAGUGAAGAAUUAUAACGAAUUCUACAUACCAGUCACUGAUGUAGUUGAAGAAAAAGUUGGAACAUCAUUUUCUCUAUUAUGUGAACUUAUAGUAAACAAUGACACAAAUAAUUCCAUUGAUGAUCAUCUUACUUGGGUGAAAGGAGAAAACUUAUCAAAUCAAACAAGUUUGAAUAAAAUUAUAAAUAGUAUUCGUGACAUCAACAAAUCGGAAAAAAGAUUCAGUCCCUUGUUAGCUGAGGAUAAAGGAAACUAUUACUGCAUCAGUCACAAGUUCAAUUUAUCAAAGAAUAUAACGAUAUUGGUAAUUGAUAAUGUUAAAAAAAAUGAUUUUCGACCCAUGAGGGAAACAAUAUUUUGUAAUGACCAAAUGUUUCAAUGUGUAUCUAAUGGAUUAUGUAUUAUACCACACUAUGUGUGUGAUGGUAAACCUGAUUGUAAAGAUGAAUCUGAUGAGUCUUUUGAACAGUGCAAUGGCGAUCCUUGUAGAGACAAAAUUCCAUGUGAAGAUGGGAGAUGUAUACCAAGUGUUUGGUGUUGUGAUAGGCAACAUGACUUGAACUGUACUGUAACAAAUAGGCCUAAAUGUUGCCAGUCAAUAAUUUCAGAAGCUUAUGAGGAAUUAGAAUAUCCCACUAUGAGUCAUAGUCAGCAGAAUGGAGCAAGAUAUUUAUUCAUAUCAGUUUGUAUUGUGAGCAUACUAUUUUCAAUCGUCCUACUUCUGCUCAUAGUAUCAAAAGUGAUGAUUUUCGCCAAGAAAACAGCUCUACAACAGCAACGCCAUAGUCUUUGUGAGAACAUAGCUCUUCGCAACCAAACGAAUGUUAACAUUAUUCGCGCCAAUAUCAAUCCGACCAAUAUUUAUACUGUUCGCAAUUAUUCUCGAACACCUCGUUCCAAUAUUAUAAUAGAUACUUCAGAAGUGAGCGAUUCUUUACUAUUUCCGUCAUCCGUGGUAACUGAGGGAUUCGGUGAUCAACCUCCUUCAUAUGUGGACGUAGUGAGGAGUAACAGGAUAGUCAGUGAACCACCACCUCCUUAUACAAGUAGAGAGAUUCUCAAUGUGCAUGAAGAAAGACAAGAAAGGAGUUAAUAUUCGAUUGCAAGACGACUCAUUUCUCAUAAACAUACAAAAAGUCUAAAAAUCAAAAUUUUGAUGAAACAGCUAGAAUUUAUGUGAUUACCUUAUUUUAAAAUUGGUUGACCCCAAGGUUUUCCAUUGUAGGGCACUUGGGCACUAUAUUGAGAAGGUAAACUAUGUACUUACAAAAAAUACCCACUGCCGAUUAUAUAUUUUAAUGAGUGAUCCUUGAGAUUUGUUUUGAGGAAGCUUAAUAUUUACUUUUGACAUCAAAGUGUGGACUGGUUCAGUAUGGAAAAAAACUAUAAAUAUUCCUGAAAUUGGCUUCAUUUAUGAUUCACAAGGGCUUUUUCCUGGGUUUUGAAUUGUUAUUCAGUAGUAAUAUUAAUGGUAAUAAACAUCAAUUACUGGUGAAUUGGUGCAGAGGUAGUGUGCCUCUAAAAAAAUUACUGAUCGAUGGAGGAGAAUGGUGUGUGUUACUCUGUUAAUUUAGUUGGCUAUUUAAUACUUGCCAAAAAUGUUUAUACUUACUGUAUUGUCAGAAUGUGAUUAUGAGACAUGGGUCAGACUGACUGUAGGUAGCUAAAACAUAUCGAAGGAAGCAUAUCUUUGAAAUGAAAUUGCUAUGAAAUUUUUCAAGAAGUAUUAUCUACACUUUGUAUUUGUUGUUAAAGUGAUGUUAUCAAUUAAAAAAUCAAUUAAUAUUUAACUUUGUUAAGUUUCUGAGUGAAUUAUAAUACAGAGUAAUUAGUUACUUGUGUAUAUAUAUAUACAAGAUAUGAUAAUUUUAGGCAAUAAUGGCUGCUAGUUUUUUGUUUGAUGAAAAAUAAGUUUUUGUGACAAGUAGGAGGUAUAUCGUGUUUAAGAUUGUAAAUGACAAUAUGUGAGGUUUGAAAAAUAUUUUCAAUGGGCUGACUUGAAUAUUUGAAAAAAUAAGAUCUGUAAGAGAGGAAUCUAAUGGUGAAAUGAAAUGUAAAAGCAUUGUCGGGUGGCAUAGUAUCGCACGGGCCUUCGAUCAUACCUAUCCUCGGCUGACGAUUUUAUCUCAGACUUUAAGAUAGCCGGCUACUGACUGGGCCACUUCAACUCUAUGUAAAAGUAUCGAUUGAAAACCACCCUAUUUUAUCAUUUGUUGACUUAUGAAUCAGACUGGUAUUUCGUACUUGUAUUUUGAGAUUGAAUAUAUUUUAGGAACAAAUAAAUAUAUUUUUUAUGUU